AUGGUGGGGCUGGCCCGACUUGCUUCAGCGGGUCUGGAGCUUAACGCGUGCUGCCGACUCCAACGCGUCUCCCAGGCUGGUACUCGCACGCUAUCCGGGACAUUUUACAGCGAGCAUCGUCAAUCUAUCUUUGCCGCGUUGCAAACUCCUUUCUAUUCCAAGCUCAAUACUCGCAAUUCAUACAGGAACUCCAACAUGGCCGAGUCUCAAGAAGACACUCCCGUGGACAUCAAAGCUGGCGCCUUCGUCCCGCCGUCUAUUCACAGCGAGCCACUGCUCGUCGGCCAGUCCUACUCGCACUUUUCGCCCGUACCGCCGUCUCUCCUCCCGCAAGAUCCCUCGAAUCCCGCCUCCGCGACGCCAUGCUGCCUCGGCGUCGACGAGGCCGGUCGCGGGCCCGUCCUCGGCCCCAUGGUCUACGGCGUCUUCUACCUGCCCAUCUCGCAGUCCGACCCCCUGCUCCGCGAGGCGCACCACUUUGACGACUCCAAGGUGCUCACGGCCACGGUGCGCUCCUCGCUCAUGGAGACGCUCUGCUCGACCGGGUCCGAUCUCCACGACGCCUGCGGCUGGGCGACGACGGCGCUCUCGGCGCGCGACAUUGGCGCCAACAUGCUCAAGCCCGUCGGCGUCUACAACCUCAACGCGCAGGCCAUGGACGCCACCAUCGACCUGAUCAAGGGCGUCUACGCGCGCGGCGUCAACAUCCAGGAGAUUUACGUCGACACCAUCGGCCCGCCCGCCACGUACCAGACCAAGCUGCAGCGCAUCUUCCCCACCGCAAAGGUCACGGUCGCGAAAAAGGCCGACAGCCUGUACGCCUGCGUCAGCGCGGCCUCGGUCUGCGCAAAAGUCACCCGCGACCUGGCCCUCGAGGCGCUGUACGAGGACCGCAAAGAUCCCGCGGACCACGAGGGCGACGACGACGACGGCACAGCCAUGGUCUGGGGCUCUGGCUAUCCCUCUGACGGACGCUGCACGGGCUGGAUGCGCAGCAACCUGCAUCCCGUGUUUGGCUGGGGCCCCGAGUGCCGCUUCAGCUGGGGCACGGCCAAGGACAUGCUCGAGGCAAAGGGCGCCGGCGUCAAGGUUGAGUGGCCGGCGGAUGACGACGGCGAGACGAGUCGCGUGACCGACUUUUUCGUCUCUGGUGACCAGGACACGAAUGAGCUUGGGUACUGGUUUGGUACGCCAGCUGGUCUAGAGGCGUUUUGA